AUGCAGCUUUGUGGCAACCCAAGAUGCUGGUCGGGGAUUCCCUUACCGCGGAGUCAGUCCCUAGAUGAGUGGAUGGCUAUUUGGGUAAUGUGUUUUGGGGAAGAAUGCAAAUACUUUGUUGACAACAUCUUGAAAUUUGGAUUUGUUCUUAUGAGAAACGAAUUUGUUCGACUUGAGAACAUUGCACAAGCUAUCUGUUCCGGACCUCGUAUUGAGUAG